AUGGCGCGAAAUUCGGAGAAGGCGAACUCCAUGCUCAACAGAUGGUUGCGUCUCAAGAGCGGGUUGUCGGCGCACGACACGAACUUGAUGCGUAGGCCCCGCCACACCUCGGAGGUGGAGGACGUGCGAACUGCCGAGCACUGGCGCAACAUGGUGGUGAAGGAUGUCAUGAUCUCGAUUUCGCGCAUCCAGAAUGCCAGCCUGGGUGAAUUUGCGAUCAGGGAUCUAAACGACGAGAUCAACCGUUUGAUCGGUCUGCGCAAGCGCUGGGAUGAGAGGGUGAUCGAGUUGGGUGGUGCUGAUCAACGUGCCCUUUCUUCAUCGAUUGAGAACGCACACGGUGCUGAGCUGAAGGUAGGAGGAGGAGGGUAUCGCUAUUUUGGAGCUGCUAAGAACCUCCCGGGUGUACGCGAACUGUUUGAAAAACAGGAGAGUGACCAGAUGAUGGCAGACACUUACGUGACCCGCGCAGAGCUAUAUCGCAUGAUAAAUCCGGACUACUAUGGUUUCCGUGACGACGAGGACGGGCAUGUAUCCAGGGCAGAGGCGGAAAUGGAGCGUUCGUUGCAUCGAGCGCACCUGGCUGAGGUGGGUGAAAUUAACCUGGAACCAGCCGACCUUGAGAACGAUGAGCUGGAAUGGGAUGAGUCGCUUAGAGAGAUCAUAGCCGAAUAUCUAGAUACCAAGCCUAAACGUGUGGACCCGAGUUUAGAUACGGCUUGA